GUCUUCCCCAGACAGAACUCCCUUCUGCCUCUGCUCCUCUGCCUUGGUGCCUCCCACCUUGUGCGGCCCCCAUACUCUUCCUCUGCCUCUGUAUACCUGAGCUGGGCACCCCUGUGCCUCCCAACCCUCACCCCACAUUUGCCCAUCAUAUCUGCUCCAUCAGAAAUGCCAUCUCCUCACAAGUUGAACUCAACCCUGUCAAACAGCUCCAGGAAGCUGUCCAGACUCCCUGGCCUGCCUCCUCCUCUGCUGGAUGGACCAACAUCCUCAGUGACAUGUGUGCCCCAAUGGAUCUAUGGGGCUGGAGUUUUCCUGGUGACAACAUCCUGACUUUGGUGGAGGAACCACCCAUCCCCAGGCUCGCCAAGAUGUACUGCAGCGCCCUGACGCCUCCCCCAUCCCACAGCAUGCAGCUUUAUUCCAAGGGAACAGGCCUCUGCACCGUGCUGGCCACGUACCCAGCAGCUCCGCAGCCCCUGCCUGCAUCGACUGGGUCCAGAGAUGACGGACUGACCCAUGUAGCUUCAGACUCUCCGUAAAUGGUAGCAUGGCAGCUUGACUUUUUUCUUUUUCCUUCUGCUCAAUUGUGAACUUGUGAAAUUUACCUAUGUCAGUCUGUAUGGCUCCGGUUGGUUUGUUUUAUGGGCUGCAUAGUAUUCCCCUGUGUGACUAGGGUAAAACUGAGUAAAUAAAAUGUCCGAGGCUCACUGGGAGCCACAGGCUGGGCAGGUGAGGGCCAGGCCAGGGCAGUGUCUGAGGCUGAGUGAGGGCUGGAGCUGGCAUCAAGAGCACCUCCUUCUGGAGCGACGCACCCCCUUUUUACCCAUUUCAAGCUAUACGCAUCAGCUGUUGCUUCUCAGCCCUUCUGUUUCUAGAAACACCCUCUGACCCUCUCUCCAGUCGCCAUGGUCCCCUGCUCCCCAGGGAGGCAGUCACCGGGGCAGCUCUUGCCUGUAGCUCCCCUCCACCUGUGGCUGUGUGUAGUCCUCACCCCCCCAACCCACACGCACCACGCUGUUCACACGCUGAAUUUUCUGGCUUUGUCUCCCGACUUCCACAGGCCUCAUCCUGCGAAGGACUCCUAUGUCCCCCCAAAACUGUCACCACCCCACACCCCCUUCAUUGAAAGCUCCAGUUUCCCUUCCACCGAAGCCCCUGCUGCCCAAGUUGGAUAUGCCACUUCCUCGAGCAGCCCCAGACAUCCCCCCAAUACACCCGAUACCCCCAAACCAUGCCCAGUGCUCCCCAAACCUGGCAGGAGCAUUUGCCCCAAAGUGGCCCCGACCUCUUUCCCCUUCCUGGCUCCAGCACUCCCCUUGCAAGCUGCCCGCACAUCCUGCCCCUCCAGUGCCCUCUCUGCCUCCCAGCGUCGGCCCCUGACUCACUUCCAGGAGCUCCUCACGCCCCUGCGCGGCGCCCCCCCAGGAUGUCUCGGCUCCCCGCGCCUCCUCGCGCCUCCCCCCGCGGCCCCUCCUCCCCUUCCUCGCGGCUGCCAGCCUCCCUCCGCACAGUCUGGCCCCUCGCAGUCCCCAGCAUCUGUACCCAAACGGUCCCUAGAAACUGCCUGUCCCCAAACGACUCCAGCCGGUACAGCCCCAACCUGGUCCUCACUCCGAGGAACACAUCCCGUCCCCAGCCGGGCCCUGUCCAGCUCACGGCGGCCUCCAGUCCCAGCCUUGCCCAGCACCGUCCCUGAGACCCCAGCUCUGCGUCUGCACCCAGCUCUCAGGAUGGAGCCAGCACUGGGUCCCUGCGGGCUCAGCUUUCCCAGCUGGAUGCCCUGUCUCCCACUGUUCUGUGCCGUCCAUAGUCCAAAGCCCCCCAGAGAGCCCCCCUACACUUGGCUGCUCCCCUGCACCGGCCUCGUGCUCCCACCUGCUGCUCCUGCCUGCCCUGGCACCAGCUGCGCCCCCAGGUGCCAGAUGCAGCUUCUCCACUGCCCUGUCCGCCCCGUGCCUCCCGGGAGCCGGACUCAGGUCCCUGGGCCUCUUUUCCAAGGGGGUCUGGGUGUGAAUCCUCCCGCCCGCCGCCUGCCGCAGCACACUCACCGCCUGUCUCUCUGUCCCCACUGA